GGGACAGAGCAGAACGAAGCCCCCCACAGUCAGCUGUUUCCCAAGGAAAACUGGGUCCGACUACAGGACAACAACUAUCAGCUUGACCAUGCGUUGUUCAAAUGCCCAGACCUUGUCAUCCCUGUCAUUCUUCAAGGGCACUACAUAUGGUCGGCACUCACCAAGGCAACACCUGUCCCGGAAGUUUACCUGCAACGAUUUUGGAGUACCAUGCACACGCCCUCAAAGAAAGACAGAUCAAAGAUCCUUGCUACGUUGCACAAUAGGAGGCUGGUACUAACUCCAUCUACGCUGAGAACCACUCUGGAGCUGCCAGUGCACACAACGUAUGAUCCGCUCCCGUCACGGACUGAACUGAUCAAAGCAAUGGAGACUCUGGGCUAUGAUGCACCUCUGCCGAUGAUGUCCAAUUUUAAGCUCAUUAACCUACCUUACCCAUGGAAGACCCUAUUUGGCCUCUUCAACAAGUGCCUGUCUCCAAAGCACGUCGGCCACGACAAAUGUAACCAACAAAUUCUGCAAAUCUUCCAUGGGAUAGCUUUCAACAAAAAGUAGGACAUGGCACAACUUUUCUGGACGGAGCUGAUGGACCAAGUCAAGGCCAAAGAAAACAACAAAGCCGGUAUGACGAUCCCUUACGCUAGAUGGUUGGCUCUCAUCAUAAAUGACUACAUGUCAGAAAAUCAAGGGAUCCCAUGGCGACAAGAUGAAGAGCAGUUCGUUGCCCCAAAGGUUUAGUAUUUCAAAAGCUUCAAACACGACACUAUUGGCAUGGCUAUUCCUGACUAUCUGAUAAAUCUCGCCAAUCCAAGGAAUCCAGCAGUUGUUAGAUAUAGAGAGGAUCUCAAGAAAAUGGUCCCUAUGGUUCAGCCAAACCCAACUGGACCUACCCCGGGGACCAAACCGAGUGUCAGUAAGGGUUCAAAGAGCGCCCCAAAGCCACAGACACUAGUGGCUCGUCGGCCCCAUGAAGGAAAGUCCGAUGACUCUCUCGAGAAGAGUCGGACGGCUGAGGGCACCUCGAAGGACGCUGAGGAUUCCGUUGAUGAAUCGUCCAGUACUGCCCAGAAUAAGACUGACGAUGAGGCAUCUGGGAGCGUGGCCACCCAUAGUGAUGAAGGAUCUGAUGCUGACGGAUCUGAUAAUGACAAUGAUGAUGAUGAUGAUGAUGAUGAUGAUGAUGAUGAUGAUGAUGAUGAUGAUGAUGAUGAUGAUGAUGAUGAUGAUGAUGACGAAGUUGAGGCUACAUAUGCCAUGAUAGGCAAAUGGAAGAUGCUGGCUCAGUCUCCCAAAAAGAUUACCGCUGAAGAAGCUCAGCCUAUUCUCGCUAACCGAUCCUCCACUGUCCUCAUAAAGGAGAACGAGUCUACACAUUCUGAAAUCAGGAGAUUCAAGUCCAACUACAAUGAGGCUGAGCACAUCAUCAAAAAAUCUGACGACGCCGUCAUCCGUGAAAAAUGUGCAAAGGUCAGAAAUGACAUUUCUAAGUCAUCCAAGUCCACACAAAAGCAGCACACCGGAAAGAGCUUAUUUGACUAUGCAGAUUUGGACGUCUUUGCUGACUGCGACCCCUUCAUCAAUAUAAGCCGAGCCGAAUCCCUAAGCACAGGAGCCGAUCUUUUCGGUUCCCGAGUAGAAGUCGCAGCAUCAGGCUCAACUGCGCAUGCACCACCCUCUCCCAGUCACUCGUUAGCCUCCCAACAGGCUAACGUUUCAAAAUCACGGGAACAACCCCCCUCACUUAUUCCUUCUGAAUCUACUGAGAGAACUAGUGGCCACCAGCCCGAGGCCACAACCCCUCUUUCACACACAUCGAGUCUAAGUGUCACACUUCCAAACUUUUCAGAUUUUUCUAGGACACCUACACUUUUCACUGCACAAACACGUGCACACACCCUAAAUGCAACGACCCGAGUGCAAACAAUGACGGUCGGAAGUCCUGCUACGCAAACACUGGUUUCACCAUUAAACGCAGGCCACACAUCAGUUGUCUUCACUGAUGUUGUGACAACAGUUACCACCCUCGUAAAUGGUCACCCCACCUUUGAAGAUAUCAACGUUCUCCUGAAUCGUUUCCUGGAUUCCACCAUAAAGCCAUGGGUGCAAGGAGCAAUGACCGCUUUUGCACAGGAAUUUAGGAACACCCAAGCGGUUCAGCCUGAACAUCCUGCACCUCAACCCUCACCCGAGCCCUUACUCUCUCAUACCCAACCGUUACCUUCUCCAGUCUUAUCUACCCAAUCCACCAACCAACUUCCAGUAUCUUCACCUUCUCGGGGAACCUAGGAUACACAACAAGUGUUUACCCCUACGUCGACCACACCUUAUCCCAAUCCCUAUUCCAUACCUACCCCACAGUUAGCUGAUAUCCUUUUCCUCCACCUCUGAUCCACUGAUGAACAUAACCUUACCCCUUUUGAAAAGGAUCUAAUUGCGGUCUUCUACAAACAUAACCGCCCAUAACCGAGCACUUGUCGUGACAGUCCUCAUGGCCACAAACGUUCGCAUGAGGACCCCGACGAUUCGGGACCUCAUGAGGGGGAGAACAAGCGGCCCCGGACACUUGAGCAAGGUGCUUCUUCUAGCCACGCCCCGCAGCCAACUCAACCUUCACCUCCAACCAAUCAACAUCCACCCACCUCUAGCCAGAACCAAGCCAAACUCACUAGCACGGUCGAGCUAGUUGGAACAUCCCGAGGCUUAUCUCCAAGAGAUACUGUCCGAGGAGGGGAUGGAAGUCCUGACGGUGCUAUCUCCGAUACAUCCAUUAGGCCAGGCCAUCAGCCAGAACCCAGUUCAAAGCUGAUGACAAUGGGCAAUCAGAGGGAACCCGGUAGUGCUUCUCAAGCAAGAUCACCGCUUCAACAGCAGCAAAGAGUUCCAUUCAUUCCUCCAAACAAGGACAUCCAUGACGCGCUGGAGGAUGUGGUGAUACACGACAAGUGGCCACGGAAAUGGACAGAGUGGGAUACACUGAGAGACGAAGCAGAGACAAAGGAUAUGCAACGAAACUGAUGGCUUCGUGAACUACUGGCCAAGUGUGCUGAAGAUAUCAUACGCCUUGAUAAAGAGGAACUCAAGGAAGGGGAAGAUUACAAGAAAACUCUCAAGGAGCUUGAAUUGAUUAUCAGACAAUCAGCGGGUCAAAUGCCAACAAAGGAGAAGCCCUGAGAGAAUGUACGAAUCAAUGCCCCCUUCCAAGAGGAAAUCAGAAAGGGAAUCUGGAGACAACCAGGGAAACUCAAGGCCCUUAAUGAGCCAAAGAUCCGCAGACUUACCCACUUCAAAGGGAAAUUUGUGGGUGGACAUCUGCAUAUGCUGCACCAUAGAUCUUCUGGAAAACAAAGAGAGAUCCUUGAAAAGGACUUAAAAAGUAGCAUACAUCCGAUUUGCAGUAUUCUCGAUAUGCAUGAAGAAAAUCACCACGUGAUACAAUUCUUCAGCUACAAAGUGCAGCGCACAGACUCAAGCAAAUUCAUCUGCCAAGAGAAUGACUUCAUCAUGAUGAAAAUGGAUGACAUCUAUCACAUGUUCAUGGCCUGCAGAUAUCUUCCAAUAAAUCGCAACAGAAUCUACAAGGAAGGCUUUGAUGCAAUCAAAAGAUUUAUGCUAAGACAAGUCAGAUUCCACUCCACUCAUGAUCUGCAAAUGGCGCUCGAGAACCAUGUUCGGAAGGCAAAUCUCACAAUGCCGAUUCUAUAUGGAGCAGAGGUUAAGGAAUAUCAACCUUACCACAUCUUUAAGGAUCCGCUCUCAAUCUUAUAUCUCAACCAUAAAGAGCAAAAGCGCCUGAUGUGGGUAGAGGACAUUCACCAAUAUUGUGAUGGGACUUUAAAAGUCAUUCAACAGAAGCUGCUACCUCUCAAAGAAGAUCUUUAGCAAAGACUUGCUGAUGUUACUGAUGAAGAGUUGGAAACUUUUGACAGACUGGAAACAAUCAUGCAGCCCAUCAUCAAAUAGCUUGAUAAGAGAAGAGCACUGAGAGAGUAUGAGCAUGCGCUGAACAUAAGAAAACACUACUUCAAAGUUCAGAAAUAAAAGCAAGAUGGAACUUGAUCACAAAGGGGGAGAUUGUUGAAGAAUAAUUUAUUGUGUAUCAAGUUUGUAAAGAGUCUUGUAUUAGUAUAACCUUUAUUGCUCCUUUAUGUAUUUAUUGUUGUAUUUAUAAGAGUAGUAAAGGGUAUGGAGCCAAAGUGUCAGGCCCAUAUAUCAGGCUGAAAGCCUUUACGCAAACCUUAACAUGUGCAUAUAAAAAGGCGCAUAAGGUUUAGGUUUGCGUUAACUUUUGCAUUCGAUCUUUACAGCCUCAGGGCUUAUCAUUCUUACUGUAGAAGUUCACGGUAUAUCAAAGACGAGUUUAAGGAUCUUCUGCGUAUAUCUUUCUGCUAUUCUUAUCUUUGAGUAUCGUUACAUUGUUGUAAUCAUAUAAAUAGGGACAGACAUCUUCUGACAUUCUUCAUCAGUGGCCUGACAUCUACUGAUCUCACCCAGCAAUGUGGGCUUAACCUCGAAUCUAGCAAGGAGGAACCCACUCGUGGACACCUCCACUAGUACCCUCAAUGUUCGUAGACAUGUGAGUAAUGUUCCCGACGUAUUCUUCCUGCUUAGUGCAUCGGCCACUCCAUUGGCCUUUCCGGGAUGAUAGUCGAUGAUCAAGUCAUAGUCCUUGACCAACUCCAUCCAUCUCCUUUGUCUCAUAUUCAACUCUUUCUGAGUGAAUACAUACUUCAAGCUCUUAUGAUCAGUAUAAAUGUGACAUGUCUUCCCGUAUAGAUGCCUCCAAAUCUUCAGUGCAAACACUACCACCCCCAACUCCAGGUCAUGGGUAGGGUAGUUCACUUCAUGUUUCUUUAAUUGACUAGAAGCAUAGGCACUCACCCGACCGUUUUGCAUUUGCACACAUCCAUAUGUGUGGGUAGGGCAAGGACAGGUGCCUUGGUAAGUCGUUUCUUUAGUUCGAGGAAUCCUUCCUCACACUUGUCGUCCCAUAUGAACUUGGCCCCUUUCUUGUGAGCUUUGUUAACGGAGACGCCAACACAGAGAAGUUCUCCACAAACUUACGAUAGUAUCCCGCUAAGCCAAGGAAACUACGUAUCUCCUUCACAUUUUUGGGUCUUUCCCAAUUCAUAACGGCUUCUAUCUUGGCUUUAUCCACCGCAAUGCCCGAACCGGACACGACAUUCCAGAGAAACCCAAUCUCUUUGAGCCAAAACUCGCAUUUGGAGAACUUGGCAAAGAGUUGUUUCUCCCUUAAGCCAUUCAAGUACAAGUCUCAAAUUAUCUUCAUGCUCCUCUUCACUCUUGGAGUAUAUCAGAAUAUCGUCAAUGAAUACUAUCACAAAUUGAUCUAAGUAUUCACUGAACACACGAUUCAUCAUGUCCAUGAAUGCCGUCGGUGCGUUGGUUAGGCCGAACGACAUCACCAAAAAUUCGUAGUGACCAUAUCUAGUGCGAAAUGCACUCUUAGGUAUGUCACUCUCCUUUAUCUUCAACUGAUGAUACCCUGACCACAAAUCAACCUUCAAGAAUACUGUUGCCUCUCAAAGUUGAUCAAAUAAGUCGUCAAUUCUCGGUAAAGGAUACCUAUACUUGAUUGUGACUUUGUUCAACUGUCGGUAGUCGAUACACAUUCUUAGUGUCCCGUCCUUCUUCUUUACAAAGAGUACGGGUGCCCCCACGGUGAAUGACUGGGUCUAAGGAACCCGUUGUCCAAAAGCUCUCGAAGUUGUACCUUCAACUCUUGAAGCUCGGCUGGUGCCAUUCGAUAAGGAGGAAUCAAAAUGGGUUUGGUUCCCGGCUCAACUUUAAUUACAAACUCUAUCCCUCUAUUGGGUGGAAGCCCCUGUAAGUCCUUUGGAAAGACGUCCCACAAACUUUAAUUACACAACACGUACAUCAUUGAUGUCAACUUCUUUCUUUGUGUCGUCUACCACAUACGCGAGGUAUGCGUGGCAUCCCUUUUUUAUCAUCUUCCGUGCCCUCAUCACGGAUAUGAUAUAAGCUUGAGAUUUUCCACGAUCUCCCUCAAAGCGUAACAGGUUUCCUUCGUCAUCUUCAAGCUCCAGUACUUUGGUGUAACAAUCUACUUGGGCUUGGUGCUUCUCGAGCCAAUACAUCCCUAGGAUUGCAUCGAACUCCAACAUACCUAGAGGUACGAAAUCACAAGUCAAAGGUUGACCCGUCACUUCCACAUCACAUGAUGGAUAGUAAUGAUUCCUCUCCAUGGCAUCUCCCAAUGGUGUGGAGACUAACAAGGUUUGCGUCAUUGGCGUCAAUGGCACAUCAAGACCUUCGGCGAACGCCUCACUCACAAGUGAGCGUUGUACCCCGAUAUCGAUGAGGAUCCUCGCACUCCUACCGUUGAUCUUUAAUGUUCCUACAUUUAUACGCUAUGUAAGAUACACCUUCUAAUGUUUUUGGACCCCUUUGGAGGUUAUUACGUUUACAUUAAUGUUUGGAAUCAAACGGGGGUCCAAUCGUUGAAGAACGGAGCGGAAAAAUCGAGUUUCGGGUGAUGGGGGUCCAUGCACGGUCGUGCGUGGGGCACACACGGUCGUGCGUCCUGCGCGAACAACACCCCGGAGCUACUGCCCCUACUCACGAUCGUGCGUGGGGUUGGACGCACGAUCGUGCGUCCCUUUUUUCAGCCAGUCUUGGCCCGAUUUUCCCCGGUUUGACCCCAAUCCCUAUGACUUAUAUCAUCAAUUUAUGGACUAAACAUGGAAAAAAUAUAUCAUUUUGCAAGAUAUAAUACCUAUAACAGAAUCCGGGUUAGCUCGAGCAUCCGUUUCCGUCAUCGCAUAAACUCUAGCUUGAGUUCUUCCUUGAUUCACGGACGGCGCAUUGCUCGUGCUCGCUCCUCCUGGCCCGUACUAGCAUGAGAUGCUCCGGCCCGGUUCCUACUUGCCGUGGUUGUGCCGCUUGGUCCUGACCCCCACUUCCCACCAAGUUGAGGGCAGUUUGGCUUAAUGUGCCCUGUAUCCCAACAUUGGUAGCACCGAGGAGGGUCAAGACACUUUCCCCGUGGUUCCUGUUACAGUUCCUGCACUUAAUCACCUUUGGAGCUUGCGAGCCCGAGUUUUGUCCACCCGUGCCUCAGCUUCCUCUAGAUGGAGGUGCUGGCUAUCUAAACGAUCCUCCUCCCCCAUGGUUCCCCUUCUUAUUAGAACUUUAGGGGCCAUGGUUCUCCCACUUCCUCUUCUUCGCCUCCUCGACAUCUCUCUUCUUUCUCUCCUCCCAUUGCUUCUCUCCCUUCAGCCCUUGGGCAACCACUUGGCUGAAAGUCAUGUUGGGCAAUUGAGUUGCCCUAUCACGUAUCUCCAGGUCCAAGGCCUCCCAAAAGUGGUUCACCAUUCGGUUUUCAUCACAAGCAUACUCCGGUAUGUGGUCGGCAAGGUCCCUGAACUUGUGCUCAAGUUCUUUCACCGUCAUGUUACCCUCUUGGGUUAGAAGAGUAUAUUCCCUCACCCUGGCGUUUACAUCAAAGUCAGAGUAGUACUGGGCGAAGAAUUCCUGCCAAAAAUUCUCCCAAGUAACAGUCCCGCCAUACUUGCCCUUGGUUCCAUCCCACCACUUGGAUGACAACCCAUCAAGUAACCUCACCGCGAUUCUCAGUUUAAAAUCGGGGGUGAGUUGCAUGUCAAGGGCCGCCUCGUUCAGCCUCUUGAUCCACUGCGCGGCAACCGAGAUGUCUCCCGUUCCAUCGAACGUUUUGCACCCUAGGUCCCUCGCCUCUUUGAUGUAUUUGGAGAUCCUUAUGGUUGGACCUCCAUUAUCUCGACUUCCAUGUGCUUCCACAUGGGUCCUCGAAUCACAAUAGCUCCUACCUCUUGGAGCUCCGCCCGAAGGUUGCCUCGCACGGUGCCUUCGGCGUUCCCUCCUUUCCUCACGCUCCCGAUGAUAUUGUUGGAGCAGCGCUUCAAUUCUAGCCAAGGAGCCAUUUUCCUCCUCGUCACUCGCGUCAUCGUCAUCCCCUUCAUAAGGGGUUUCAACCGGCUCAGUUUCCGGCCGGUAGGUUGAGUCCUCAUAGGACCAAUAGGUCUCACUUUCAGUGUUGACAUGGCCAUCGCUCACGGUUUGUCGUUGGCCUCCACGGCCCCUUCCUCUUGAUCCCCUAGAGGACCCCUGGCUACCGCGCUCAGACCCACCCGGUGCACGGCCCGUCGGGUUCCUUCUAGUUAUCCUUCCAACUAGUUCCAUUUCUGAAAGAAAUUAGAAUGAGUCAUUAGACUCGUAUCGAAUGUCAAAUGACGGACAUGUACUUAAAGACAUCCUUUGGCUCAAAUCACUGUUAUACCAAUUGUUAAGGGUACCAUCUUAACAAUUAGAGACUUUGCAACUCAAGUACCAAAAGUUCUAUAAGUACAAAACUUUUAUGUUCAUGGUUUUCAAUUUCGUUUUCAAAAAGGAAUUUUGGAGCUUCAUUAUGAAGUUUACGGACUAAGUCUCUGAUACCAUUUAAAUCGUCACGCCCCGGACCUACCGGACACGUCAACAAUCCGCCGUACAGUACGAUUAGUCAACCGCAGUUCAACACAUUCAUACUAUACAAGGCGUCUAGAAUAUCAUUCACACGUAAUACAUCCAUAAACAAACAUAAUGUAAAUUAUUCUUUAAAGCAGUGGAAACAACAUUACAAGUGUUCAAGCCACACUUGGCAAACAUGGGCAUACAAGCCCCCGAAAUGUAUAUUCAGAAAAUAAUAUCCAUGAGCAUUAUUCAUAUUGUUUUCAGAACAAGAACAGAAAAAGCACGAACCAAGUCUUCUUCUCUGAAUCUUCCCGAAACAGCGGCCAGUAGUAACAACCUUCAAGUUCUACCUGAAACUGUGAGGUGGCCUCCCCCGUGAAGGGGAUGUCAGUACUUGGAAGCAUUUGAUAAGUACAAUGACAACUAUACUAAGUAUAAUCAAAGUUUCAAUCUCUGAGGCCCUCAAUCUAGAGUAUUAUUACAUUAUAUUUAAUUCGUCCAUUUAAUGUGAAUUCACCAUUUUUUAUUACGGUCUAGAGCCCAGCUCAUAAUCACCGUUAUCUACUACGGUCUAGAGCCCAACUCAUAAUCGCCGUUAUCUACUACGGUCUAGAGCCCAACUCAUAAUCGCCGUUAUCUACUACGGUCUAGAGCCCAGCUCAUAAUCACCGUUAUCUACUACGCUCUAGAGCCCAACUCAUAAUCACCGUUAUCUACUACGGUCUAGAGCCCAGCUCAUAAUCACCGCUAUCUACAUCGAUCUAGAGUCCAGCUCAUAAUCACUCUAAUCUACAUCGGUCUAGAGCCAGCUCAUAAUCAUCGAUUCUUUACAAUUCAAAUUCCUAGGAUCUAAUUCAUCCAUUUUUCAACUAACAUUUCCGACUAAUAUUUCAAUACUAGUUAUUUAAUCAUUUCAUUAUAAUUCUUCGUUCAUGUAUGAUUUGGCCUUAAUAUCAAAAUAUCACUUUUAUACUUUCAUGGCUUCUUCUCAUGGUAUAAAAGUAUAUCAUCACAAAUGAAAUUCAUGGUUGAUACAACCAUCAUACCAUCAUAUUCAUAACAUCUAAACAUACACAAUUUAUUCAUAAAUUUGUAUAUUAUGCAUACUAUACUUAUAAUCAAUAGUAAUUUCAUUUAGGCAUUAUUAACCAUUAAUAAUCCAUGCAAAUCACAUUUAUAUUCAUUUAGGAAAUCCCAUGAAAUUAACCCAAAGAUUUUAAGCAACAUAGUCGGUCAUCCUCACUUUAAGUGAGUCCUUAACGUGUUCUACGCUCCCCGAUUGAACUUUGGCUAAUUCCGGCGAACUUUGACCAACUCCGGCAGACUUUGACCAAUUCCGGCAAAACUAUGGCGAAGCUCUAAAUAUACCCAAUCAAGUUCCUAACAGGAUUUUAACAUCAUAAAACCUUAAUCAAUACAAAUAACCUCUAAAAGGUUAUUUUCCGGUGAACCGGUCGUUUUGGACUUAGAACCACCUUCCAAGCCAUUAUUCCACACUUUCAUCAUGUAGAAUAAUCCUAAAGAUUCUUCAUAUGAUAUACAUUUCAUAUGGUAGAAGAAAAAGAGAAAAAAGUUAUGAUAAGGUCAUUACCUUAAUCCUUUCACACUUUUAGUGCUUUAGCUCCUUUUCUUGAGAUUCUUUCUUGUAAGCUCUCUUCAACAAUGGAUAAGGAGGGUGGGGAGUUUCUUUGCUCUUGCUGGGUGGAGGCUGGCCUAAAUGAGGGGAGAGAGAGAUGGGGGUUCUCUUUUGUCUCAUUGAACAAAUGAGUGUGGAUGGGAUCCACCUCAUUUUUGUUUGAUGCUUUUUCCCUCAAUUCACAAUCCUUCCCCCGUGUGUUCCCAUCUUACAAGCCGGCCAACUCCUUAAUUUGAGUGGCCAAAUUCGUGGGUUGGACCCCACCCAUGUGGGAGGUCAACCCUUUUUGUCCAGAAGUGUACAAUCGGUUCUGAAAGUUGUAUUUUUUUCGGACUGUUUUAAAUAUAUUUUAUUUUAUCGGGUCAAAUAAAAUAUAUUAUGCGUUCUCGAUCGUUAAGACCUUUAGAAUGAAUAUACAUUACCCAAAUUUAAUUUAGAAGUCUCUGAAAUCCAAUUUAGGGCUUUUAUCUGUUAAAUACCAAUACCGGUAUUUGGGUCUCUUUUGACCAAUCGGUCAACUCUGGGCCUUUCCAUGGCCCAAGUGAAGUAUCCACCAUCAUAUAAAUAUUAUCUAAAUCAAGAUGAAUAAAAUAUAUGGUCUCGGGAUUAUCGGGCGGUCCCCGCUAUCGGUGUGGGCCCCACGUGCAAUUUAUUAUUCACGCGAAAGAAUUAAUAAUAAUUCACAACCUUGUAAAUUCGUUAACAAUUCUAUAGAGUUCAAUACAUUAUUUACUUAAAGGUAAAUAUAUUUGGGGACGGUGUUACAAGACGAGAUAUAAGUAUUGAUGGAACCCAUUUGUAUGAGAGGUACAAAGGGGGAAAAUGUUGAUAGUUAUGGAUGUUGACAGAAAUAACCAAUUGUUUCUUCUACCAUUUGCUAUUGUAGAUGAAGGAUCUUUUGACAGAUGGAGAUGGUUUCUUAACUGUCAUAUAGAGAAAGUAACUCAUAGCAAAAGAUUUUGUUUGAUUUCUGAUCAUCAUAAGGGAAUUAUUGUUGCAGAUAAUGAUCCCUAACCCAAGUGACAAGAACCUUGGGAUUAUCACCGAUAUUGCUUGCGACAUAUAUGCCGUAAUUUCAAUGACAAGUUUCAUAAUGAACAAUUAAAAGUGCUUGUUUAUAUAAGAGGAGGUUGACACCAAGUGCAGAAGUUUGAUGCCAUAAUGAGAGAAAUUGACAAAAUCAAUUCAUAUGCUCGUAAAUGGUUGGACAAGAUUGGUCUAUCACAAUGGUCAUUGGCUCAUGAUGGGGGGUCGACAUUAUGAAAUAAUAACUUCCAACUUAUCCGAGGUGUUUAAUAGUGUGCUAAAAGGUGCUCGGAAUUUUCCUAUCGCGACAUGUGUGCAACUAACUUUUUAUCGAUUAGUUAAUUUUUUUUUGUGAGGUGAGAUUUUAUGGGAGAUGCAAUGGCACAACGAUACUUGUAUACACCACAUGUUCUUGCAACUAUUCAAGGAUGUUGAGUGAAGGCAAACACACACGACAUUAUUUUGUAGAUAAAGCACGAGGAGUUUGUGAAGUAGAAACUGCCCCAUAUGGGGAAGGGGUGCAAAAAGGACACAAUGAACGAGUAGUCCACCUUGAUGAAAAAACAUGCAAUUGUGGAAAGUGACAAAUUUAUAAAGAUCCCUGUUCACAUGUAGUCGUGGUAUGCGGCCAAUAAUGACUGGACAUUGGUAGUGGCGGUAUUACUACACCAUUUAGAACUACACCCAAACUUGGGCGUCUCAGUUUAAUUCGACCCCUCAUGAAGAUUAUUGGCCAAAAACAAAUAUCCCUCAAUUGUUGCCAAAUCUUACUCCUAGGUGUUCCAAAAAAGGACGUCCACAAUUCACACAAUUUAGAAACUGUAACACCCCGGCCUCGCAGGACCCGAGGUAGCUACUCUAGACCAAUAGUACUGUCCUCACAAACCACCACGAGCCUUUACCGCACACUUUGUCCUCACUCAUGCGUGCCCUGAGAAACUUCCCAGGGGGUCACCCAUCCCAAGACUACUCUCGUGCAAGCACGCUUAACUUUGGAGUUCUUGGGCGAUGAGCUCCCUUAAAAGGAGAUGCACCUCUGUUGGUAUGAGUAGUACUAUUAAUCCGUUUAUAUUAAAUCUCAAGUGUUACAAUCACCUCCACUUAGGAUCGCAACGUCCUCGUUGUGCCCUUAAACCAAUCUGAAUCAAACCCCAGAAUCUUUUCCCCUGCUAGGUGUCUGCCCGAUAUCCAACGGAUCAGCACACUGUCGCAGGGUUGCUCUGAUACCAUUUGUAACACCCCGACCUCGCAGGACCCGAGGUAGCUACUCUAGACCAAUAGUACUAUCCUCACAAACCGCCACUAGCCUUUUCCGCGCACUUUGUCCUCACUCAUGCGCGCCCUGAGAAACUUCCCAGGGGGUCACCCAUCCCAAGACUACUCCCGUGCAAGCACGCUUAACUUUGGAGUUCUUGGCUAAUGAGCUCCCUUAAAAGGAGAUGCACCUUGUUGGUAUGAGUAGUACUAUUAAUCCGUUUAAAUUAAAUCUCAAGUGUUACAGAAACGAUAUGGAUACAAAAGAAGGGAAAAGUAAAACGCGGUGUGGCAUUUGUAAAGAGCCAGGUCAUGAUAGGCGGAAAUGUAAAAAGAAGACGAAAGAGAUGGGCUGACAUCCACAUACGUAUUAGGUAAACCUUAUGUUUUUGUUUUUAAAUUCCAAAAACUUCGUCCUUUCACUUCAAUUUUUAACACAUUUAUUUAAGUCAUGUUGUUCUUUUUCUAAGGAGAUGGCUAUUGGAUUGUCAACUGACUUUCUAGGAAACCAUACUACUUGUAGUGGUUGGAACCAACAAAUGUUUGACCAUUAUAUAGGAAAUUGCAAUUAUUUAUAAUGUAAAUUGCAUAUCAAUCUGUCAUAUGUAAAUAUAUGUUAUAUACUCACACAUUUUAUUUGUUUAUUUAUUUAUGUGUAGAUGGUGAGAAAAGAAAAUGACAUGAGCUUAUGAGUGUCAUCACUUGGAGCGUUUUGAGUAGAGAUGCCCAUUUUUGUAAUAUUGGAGAACUCUAUUCAAUUUUUACUAAUUUUAAUUUUUUUGGGCAAUGAAUGUAUUCAUUGCUAUGAUGAUAUCUUCAAGAUCCCAUGUAGCACGUUUCUUUGAGCCCGAAAAACUGAAAAAGCACAAAACACAAAAGUUUAAUUCGUGGAACCUGCAUAAAUAACUAGAUAUUCCAUAAUCGAACUUUACUUGGAACUAAGUUCAUUUUUUGUUAACCAAAAAGAGUUAAAAAUGAAUGAAAUUUAUAUAUCUUUACAUCAAUUUUUAUCACUAGUACAAAAAAGCCAUUUUACAUCAGCUUAUCUACCUGUGUUAUUUUAAAACCCAUGUAGAAUACUAGCACGGGGUCCUUUUUAUAAUUUUUAUAAACUUUUUUAGAUGGGUUGUUGUUAUAACCCAUGUUAAAUAGCAAAUCGGGGUACAUUUUAAAAUUUUACAAAAUAUUCUAAAUCGGUUAUAUUUGGAAUCGAUGUGAAAAGAAAAACGGGGUAAUUUUCAUAAUUAUUGAAACUUUAUUUUAGAUCGUUCAAACCAACCGAUGCGGAAGAAAUGAAACAACUCCGCUUGGGGAAUAUAAGGAAUCGAUCCUAAAUGUCUUGGUUCCCGGCUUUUAUAGCGCCCGAUUUUAGCCCAGACCAAGAGCGAUGCGAAGGAAAGAAGACAGAGAGACGGCGAGCGGCAGGAGUUCAAUACGGACGGCGGAAUCGCGACGGCUGGAGUUCAAUACGGAUGGCGAGUUCACGACGGAAAGAAGACGGAAGAGCAGUUCAGAAAUUAGAGCUUUGGACAGACUUCGAGCGGCUGGAGUUCAAGCGGAUGGCGGACGGUGUUCCAGCGAAUGACGGAUGGCGUUCUAGUGGAAGGCGGACGGCGUUCGAGCAGCGGACAUGUCAUCGUCUUCAGCAAUUUACGGUAACUCCCAAACUCUUAAAUCGUCUUCAACAAUUUAUUGUAUCUUUGCUCUUCUCUUUUUCUCGGUCAAUAUUAGAACGCAGCUGUAUACUACUCGGUAUAUUGGGUAACGUAAAGGCUGAGCAUGUAAAUAUUUGCUUCUUAAAUUAGUACAUAGCCCAUGUCACCCAUUCAUUUGAGAAGCUUUUGUAUAAAGCUCUUUGUGUCUCUUUUAACAUAAUUUAUUUAUACUUUUUUACUUUUUUCAUUGAGAAUUGCUAAAUGCAAGUAUUUCAGAUGAUAACAAGAGGCACCGAAGAGAGACCUGCAAUUGUGGCACUUGUGAUGACACAAAGAAUACUUUCAUCGCUCCUUUCUGAAGGGGAUAAGUUGUAAUCAUUCAGAACAUUCUAGUCCAAAGUUGAUGGCUAACAAUAGGCCACAUAGCUCACAGUCAUCUGAGCUCAUUGAUCUCAGUAGCGACAUUGAAGAAACCGGGGUCAUCGUGCCAACACUUGAUGGCUUGAAUGCAGCCCUGUUUCUUUUCCUUACAUGGAGUGAAACAUAUUCUGCACCAAACACAUGUUCCAUGGCAUUCUGAGCAGCGGUCAUGAGCUUGGUGGCAAUGCCGAGUUUGCGAUGGGAACGAAGGACCGCGAGUGAUGUGAUAUGUCCAUGGCACUCGGAGGUCUCCUCUUGCAUGUUAGACAGCACGUAGCCGACGAUUUUUCCGUUGUAAUCCUCCACCACGUAGAGCAGUUGUGGCCAAGAGAGUAUGUGGUAGAAGUAAUACUUCAUCUGGUAGUUCUCCAGCAAGCACAGGAGGUUAUGCCAAAUGCCCCUAUAUACCCAACUCUGAGUAACACAGUUUCAUGUCUUCUCUCAAUAUUAUCCAUAACAUUAACGGAUGUUGUGUUGAUCAUUGUCAUGCUGCAGAUUGCUUCAUACAAAGAAGUAAACACGUUUAACUGCCUAUUCCCUAUGUGAUAAACUGCUAUGCUGCUCAGUUGCGACUUUUUCUUUGUCCGUUGGUGACUCAUAUUCUUAAUUUAACUUUAACUUUUAACACGUGACUUUCAAGUAAUUAAUCAAUGUAUUGUUCUGUUUCUAUGAAGAUGGUUUCUUGGAUAUCCUGUAGUAUAUCUGUUUGGCAAAGAUCAUAUUAAAGAUGCCAUAUAUAAUCUCUCCACCAAGUCCCUUUAUCUCUUCCAAAUUUUAGCCUGCAGGUUAGAUCAUGCUUUAACAAUUCUUUACAGAAGACUAGCAUUUUGUUGUUGACAUCAUCUAUCCUUGAAAGCAACGUUAACUCGAAGGCUCACUAUGUUGACCUUAACUUAUACUUUAUCCAGAAAGGGUGCGGGUAAUGAUCGAUCUCAAUCUCAAAAAGAAGAAUUAUUGAGUUUCUCUAUUCCUUAUGAACUAAGCUUGGCGGGGAGUGAUGAACCAUGGGCGUUAUGAAAGUUGUAGUCUCGAAUGCAAGUUCGAUUCGCCAAUCCGGAACCAUUCCCGUCAGAAGAGAUUGAAGAAGUACGAACUCGUUGGGCAUAAUAUUUCUUAGAAAUGACGCAAUCCAUCAACGACACAUGAAGAACGUGUUUGUUUUAAUUUUUGAGUGAUGAUGAGACUUGUAACUUUAUACAAUGUGUUAUUACUCUAGACUUGUGCAAGGAUUGUUUGAUUUUAGCUUAUUAUUAUGUACCAAGUUGUUACCCGAACUUGUUUAACAUUUGUGGAAAGAUUGAAAAAUAGCUUGUGUUAUGAUUUUAGAUGGAUCAAGUGAACAGGUGAAAAAUUGUGCUAUAGUAGUU